UAAUACCACCCUGUUUGUUGAAGCGAAACAAGCAUCUUGAGAUACUGAACUUGAGAGGUAAUAAUUUCCAUGGAUCAUUGCCUCAAUAUAUCACCGAGGAAUGUGCACUUCAAAUAAUAGAUUUCAACGGCAACAAGUUGGAGGGAAAAUUGCCGGUAUCUAUUAUCAACUGUCACUUGCUACAAGUCCUAGAUCUUGGAAACAACCUCAUAGUGGAUACAUAUCCAGAGUGGCUAGGAGUUCUGCCUUUGUUGAAAGUGUUGGUUCUGAAGUCAAACGGGUUUCAUGGUCCCAUUGAUUACUACCGGAUGAACAAACAGACGCAUACCUUGUUCCCAGAGCUGCAGGUUCUGGACCUUUCUUCAAAUUCUUUUAAUGGUAGCAUACCUGCACGAUUCCUCAAGCAGUUCAAAGCUAUGAUGGUGGUUUCUUCUGGAGCUCCGAGCAUGUAUGUUGGAAUUAUUGAAUCAUCAUCAGCAGCAGCAUCUCCAAGCUCUCAUCGAAACUAUAAGGAGUCGAUCACCGUCACGCUCAAGGGGCAACAAACAACUCUGGUACAGAUACUUUCAGUCUUCAUGUACAUCGACCUCUCCAACAACAACUUCGAGGGUGUCAUCCCUAACGAGAUCGGCGAUCUGAAGCUUCUCAAGCAGCUCAACCUGUCCAGGAACUCCUUCACUGGCGUGAUCCCUCCUCGGAUAGCGAACAUGCUGCAGCUGGAGUCCUUGGACCUCUCCUACAACCAGCUCUCUGGGGAGAUUCCUCCUGCAAUGACCGCAAUGUCAUUCCUCGAGGUUCUCAACCUCUCGUACAACCACCUGUCAGGGCAGAUACCGCAGUCCAGCCAGUUCUUGACGUUCCCGACCACAUCAUUUUUGGGGAACGACGGGCUGUGCGGGAAGCCGCUGAGACGCUUGUGUGACAUCAACCACGCACCAUCAGCUCCUGCUACGUCGGGCUCUUCUAAGGAGCUGAACUGGGAAAUUUUGUCAGUUGAGGUAGGGGUCAUUUCAGGCUUGGCCAUCGUGGUUGCGACCAUGCUGCUGUGGGGCAACGGGAGGAGGUGGGUCUACUUCCAUGUCGACAAGUUUUGGCUGCUUGUUCUGCAGCCGUGGAUCUGCCGCCGUCGAUGCUGAAAUGAGUUGUUCGUGUUUUUAUACCUUAAAUGAUAUGUGCAAGAAAAUGAGCUGGCAUUACGCCCUGCUUUCUCUGGACAGCAUUGUAGCAUGUAUACUUCAAGUUCCGUGAAUAAAUUUAUGUGGUGCUGAUGUGCUGCUGUA